AUGCAACAACGCUCCUCGUUGCUCUCUAGCCACCACCUUCACCACCACCACCAUCACCACCGAGAUAUCCAUAUCCCGCGGCGAAGGAUUGCUCCAUCUGCCAACGCGGCACGAAUUACCUUUGCCAUGGCUGCGGUUGCGCCCGCCACCUCGCUCCUCAACUCCUACGCGAGUCCACCCAACACCGAUGCCAGCAUGUCCAACACGCGCAAGAUCUUCGGUCGCUCUCGCAAGCAUGCACAACCAAGCCCAGCUCCGCCCAACACGGCCUCCUACGAUAUGACCGACGAAAAGGUGUUCAGCAGCCACGACUCCAAUCUCUCCACCUCGGCGCUCAGCUCGGCCAGCACCGCCUCGCGCACCUCGCGCUUCUUUCGCCGCUUCGGACGUCGUAAACCCCCGCCGGUGCCCUCGCUCCCGCCCGCGCUCGUGCUCGACCUCGAUGCAGGCACCGCCGCACCGCGCGCUUCCGACCCCUCAAGCCCCGUCGCCACGCGCCGCCCCAUCGCAGCAGGCCAGCCCAGCGCCGCCGCAGCCAUCAUCGCCGAGUCCAACGCAGCCUAUGCUGCGGCCGAGACGCGGCCCAAGCCAAAGGGCCUGCAGCGCAAACGCAUGCUCGACGCCAUGGCCAACGCCAGGCUCGACGUCCACCACGCCAGGGAUCUCGUGCGCAUGUGCGGCCUCCACAUCCGCGAGCGCGGUCUCGACACCCCGGGCCUCUUCAGGCCGUUUCGGAUCGCCGAAUCGCACGACCAGGUGCUCCACAUGAUCCAGCUCUUCCUCCUCUCCAUCCACCCCUCCACCUACAUGGCUGUCUUCCCCAUCCUCCCCGACGACGCCCUCGACCGUUUCGGUCGCAACGCAACCGCUCCCGCCGCAGACCACAACGCCAAGGCCAGCGUCGCGCGCGACGAGCUCGACAAGGAGCUGCGCUACGCUGCGCCGCACGACGUCGUCGCCGUCAUGAAGUGGGGGCUGCGACAUCUGCGGUUGCGCUGCGCAGACUUCGACUCCAAGGACGCCGACGAGUGGUACGAUGGCUUUGCGGCCGCCGAGCGCGCAGCCGCAUACCCGGCACGCGCCAUCGCCGACCUGCUCCAUCCAAAACUGCCCAUCGCCACCGCAGAGUUGCUCAGCGAGACGCUCGACCUCAUGGCGUCCGUAGCCGCCCACUCGAGCACCAACCACAUGCCCGCCGCUCAGAUCUGCAAGGUGCUUGGUUUCUGGCUCUUUGGCCGCAUCGGCGUCGCGCAUCCGCCACCCACCGUCGACGAGCUUGUCGAUGCCGUCAAUCGCGCCGCGGGCGUCGCCGAGCAUCUUCUGCUCGCGCACAUUCGCUCCCAGGCGGCCGUCACUUUCUCGAUGCCGCUCAGGUUGACCGAGCUCGUGCAGAACUAUCCGCACGUGCGCCCGGGCGCACAGUGUCCGUCGCUGCCCGCCGUGUUUGCGGCGCGCGCCGUGCCGACGCUGCGCAUCGACCUGCGCUCGGACAACAUGGUGGUGUCCCAGUCCAAGCCGCGCACGCCUUCGGCUACGCUCGCAGACGCACUCGACGCCCAGGCCGCCGACACGAUCCAGGGCGAGCACGGAGAGCUGUGGGCAGCGGUCAUGAUGCAGCUCGACCACCACGACGCCAGCACCAACGCCAGCCGGCUGCUCAUCGACGAACACGUGCGCAUCCUCGGUCUGGUGGACAAGGAACUGGCCGUGGGCGAGGAGGACACCAACGCAAGCCUUGCGAGUGCCGCCGCUGCAGCAGCCACACCGCACGGCGUGCUGGCCGACGAUAACAAAGUGGGGGCCCAGAUCAAGGCGGCCAGGAGGCGGUCGCAGUCGCUGUCGGAUCUGCGCACCAACCUGGGAAUGGUGGGGGCGGCGCAGCUGGCACCCCUGCCCGAGAAUGUGCCGCGCAGCAGCACGGGUACCGCGACUCCACGCAGCUCGGACGUCAAACUCGGAACGCCGCGACGCAAGCCCGUGCCGCUGGUGGAUGCCAAGUUGCUGCAAGAGGCCGAGGCGGUCGAGGUGCCCGUGCCGCUGGUGGAUGCCAAGUUGCUGCAAGAGGCCGAGGCGGUCGAGGUGGUGGACGAAGCUACUGCGCCAGCCAUGCGUGCGAGCGACGAGGUGUUCAGCGGCGGGCUCGAGCCGUCUGCGUCGUGGCGCUCGUUUUCGGAGGAGGGGUUCGGCGGGAUGAGUACGGCGUCGUCGGAGCUCUCGCUGUCCGAAUUUGACCUGAGGCCGGUGUCGGCGACGCUGCCGUCGCGGCGCAGUCAGCGCGGGCUGCAUCGCGUGCGCUCUUCGGCGUCCGGUGGCUCCAGACGCCGCACGGUGCUUCCGCCCGUACCACUUACGAGCGCACACGUGCAGGCGCAUCAUACCGUCACGGCGGCUCGUAUGGUGGAGCACGAUACGGCGCUGGCGAUUGUAUGGCAGGACCAGCUGCUGGAUGCGUCGCCCUGCUGCUCGUUGCCCGCCAUGCUGUUUGUGCAGCUGAGCAAGGCGACGGGUGCGGCGGUGGCGGCGGUGCAGGAUGCGGAUGAGGCCGAUGUGCCAAGGUACCCGGGCGACACGCCGUGGCUGUUGGUGGUCGAGACGAUCAUUCCGCCUCGACCGCCUACGCCGCCCGCGGUGGGUAAGGCGAGCUGGCGCUUUGACGAUUCCGCAUCGACUAGCGAUCGCAGGAGCAUCUUUGCACCCAGCAUGCGCAGUGUCAAGAUGCGUCUGCGUCGCGUCAGCACCAUCAUCGGUAACGGCGUCGCGGGCACGCGCAAGAAACACAUCGACACCGCAUAG